GAUGGUGGACAGAAGCAUGACUUCCGAAAGUGAAGACGUGGAAGAUGGAAAAGAAGAACAACCACAAGCUGAGCUGUUUACAGUAGAGGUUUUGCAGAUUGUGAAAGAGGCCCAACAACAGCAUGGUCUUAGGCAUGGGGAUUACCAAAGAUAUAGGAGUUAUUGUUCUCGAAGAAUUCGCCGUAUUAGGAAAUCCUUGCAUUUUCCCCAAGGUGACAGAAGACGUGUACAGCCUAAGGUGAUCACUCAGGAGUUACUUAAGGAUGUCAGGUACCUACACUUACCUCUUUUCUGUGCUGAGAGGGCUUGGGGUUACGCUAUGCAGCUCAAGGAUGAGGCAAACACCGAACAUAGGAAAAAAUUCCAUAUGAGUGCCCGCCUGAAAAAAGCAGUGCAGUAUACAGAGGAGUUACUGAAGCUAUGUGAUAGCCCUAAGUGUGAUGCCAGGACAAAACUAGAGGCACAGGCUUACAAUUCCUGGAUGAAAGGGAGUCUUCAGUUUGAAUCUGAGAACUGGAAGAGUGCGAUUGAACUGCUGAGUAAUGCUAAGACGAUAUAUGAGCGGCUGGCUUCAGCCUUCACUGAUGAAACACAGGCCCUCUACCUGCAGAAGGUGGAUGAGGUUUCACCCAGCCUGAGGUACUGUGCAUACAACAUAGGGGACCAGUCAGCUAUCCAGGACCUAAAGGAGAUGAGGUGGAAGGCAGGACAGGAUAGCAUAUCCUCUACACUAGAUGAACUCUUGUCUCAGACGAGGGAGAAGCAAGCAGUGACGCUCUCAGAGGUCAGCUGGAGGGGUCGGACCAUGGCCGUAAAGAACGAGCAUGUGCGCUCCUUCCUCCUCAACAUCCAGGAGAGCGAGAGGGAGAUAGAGGCGGCCCAGGGCAUUGAUAAUAAAGUGUCUGUCUACGAGAGCUUAAUCAAAGAGUGUAUAGACGCCUUACAGAUACUCCGGGACUCCCUGCAGGAAGAUCAGACAUUUAGAGCUAUACAGAGAGGACAGCAAGUUGACGGUAAAAUAUCAAACCUUCAUUAUCUCCACACUUACCUGACCUACCUGAGAUUGACUAAGACGGUAGAGCGUAACCUUCUGCUAAUUGAGAACCUGAAGGAAAACUUACCUGGCCAGCAGGUAGCGCCAGGUAAAAAAAUAACCAAACCUCAGGACCUGGUCAGACUCUACGAUAUCAUCAUGCAGAACCUUGGGGAAAUUCCCAAUCUGAGUGGACUGGAGGAUGAUGAGGCCCUACAGAAGGAGAUCUCGACACAGAUACAGGGAUACAAAGCAUUUAGAACAUUUUAUAUUGCUCAAAGUUAUGCGUUUGCUAAGAAAUGGCCUGAAGCUAUUGCUUUGUGUGAGAAGGUUUUAGAAUAUUCCCAGCAGGCAUUGCAAGGGUACAAAAAACAUGUUCGUGACUCUGCAAAAGCUAAGGAGGAGAGCUCUAGUCUGGAAGAGUUGAUUAAGCAAGCCAACAGCCUCAAGUAUUCCUGUCACGCUUCCACCAUUCUGGAUGCUGAUGAAGUCGUGGAACAGUUUGGGGACCUGGCCAUUAAAGAUAAGCGGCCUCUUUCUGAGCGCCUGGACCAAUAUUUGGAGGACACGACCUUGGUAACAAAGAAACCCAAUCUGGUUCCAUUUCCACCUAAUUUUGAGCCCAUCCCAUGUCGGCCAUUGUUCUUUGACCUUGCCUUAAACCAUAUAGAGAUGCCCUCUGUUAAAGAAAAGAUGGAGCAGACCACGUCAAGGGGAAUAACUGGGAUGGUUAAAGGCUGGUUAUGGGGAGGGAAAAAGUAAAGUCAUUUGCAUCAUGGUGGCAAUAUUUGAGGACUGAAUUUGAACCCUCUCGUCCAGACUGUUGAAGAUGUAAUAAUAUUGUAUUCAAUUCUUCAAGGUCUUGAGUGUUGCAGUUUCAAGCUUCCUAAAUAAUUACCAUCUUUCGCUGCAUUAUUUUGUGGCAUCAUAUGAAUCAGGUCUUGUUAAUAAAAGGUGCAUUAUGUCUCAUUACAUGCUUUUCUUACAUCUCACAUCUUACAAAAAAUAAAUUGAUGUUUCUGUCACUUACGUAUAUGUAUGUUGAUAAAAAUGAGUUAAGUCUACUGUAUAUUGAUAUUCCUUUAGUCUGUAGUUAUUUUUCUAUGUCAGAUGGAUAAUUGAAGGUACUACUGUUGUUGAUACUAUUGAAAAAAUUUGAAAUCAAACAACCAACCAUUU